GACGAGGGGAAAAUAAACCAUUUCAGGAGUGAAAACACAGUGAGUAUCUAAAUCUAAAGCUAUAAUAUAUAAACACACUGAAGUGACACUAGAUGCAGAAGAGUUUUGUGGGUUUGUACUGAAGUUUUAAUGUACACAGGUUGUUUUACAACUAUUUCCUGUAAGUGAACUCUGUGCUGAUACAGGGUUUGAUUUAACACACCGAUGUUGGAGUGAAGUAAACGUGUGUCCUGCUGUAAUCUGGAGAAGGAGACAUGACCUCCAACAUGAGUGUGUCUGGAAAACAGGACUUAAAGAAAGACGAGAGAAUGAUGAAGGGAAAGAGAUCAGACUCACCAGAACCCAGCUGUGUGUCCAUGAAGAGUGACCAGUCAUUUACACAUCCAUAUAACUUCAGAGACAGAGACAGUUCUACUGAUGUGAGACUGCAAAAGAAGAAAUCAAACAGCAGCAGAAAUCAGUUGGAGUCCAUAUUCAAGGAGCUGGAACACAAAGUCAUCACUCUGAUAAAGAAUGAGCUGAAGAGGUUUAGGAAGCUCCUGAGUCCAGAUUACCCAGCAUGCACUGAGAGGGAGGUGGAAGAUGAGGAGGAAUUGCACAGUGUCAGAGAGGGAGCGCUGAAGAUCACACUGCAUGUCCUGAAGAAUAUGAACCACAAAGAUCUCGCUAACACACUGCACAACAAACUUGCCUCUGUGCAUCAGCUAAAGUUGAAAUCCAGCCUGAGAGAGAAGUUUAAAAGAAUUAAUGAAGGAAUCUCACAGCAUGGAAGCUCAGCACUUCUGAAUGAGAUCUACACAGAGCUCUACAUCACAGAGGGUUGGAGUGGAGACAUUAAUAAUGAACAUGAGGUGAGACAGAUUGAGACAGCGUCCAGGAGACCAGCAACACAGGAGACACCCAUCAAAUGUAAUGACCUCUUUAAAGACAAGUCCAUCAGAACUGUGCUGACUAAAGGAGUUGCUGGAAUUGGAAAAACAGUCUCUGUGCAGAAGUUCAUUCUGGACUGGGCUGAAGGAAAAGCAAAUCAGGACGUCUUCUUCAUGUUUCCACUUCCCUUCAGAGAGCUGAAUCUGAUGAAGCAGAAAAAUCUCAGUCUGAUGAAUCUUCUUCAUCACUUUUUCCCAGAAAGGAGAAAACUAGAAUUAAUAGACUCCUACAAAGUGGUGUUGAUCUUUGAUGGUCUGGAUGAGUGUCGAUUUCCUCUAAAUUUCCAGAACAAUGAGAGAUUGUGUGAUGUGACAGAGUCAGCCUCAGUGGAUGUGCUGCUGACAAACCUCAUCAAGGGGAAUCUGCUUCCCUCUGCUCUCCUCUGGAUAACCUCUUGACCAGGAGCAGCCAAUCAGAUCCCUCCUGAGUGUGUAGACCAGGUAACAGAGAUACGAGGGUUCAGUGAUCCUCAGAAAGAGGAAUACUUCAGGAAGAGGAUCAGUGAUCAGAGCCUGGCCAAUAAAAUC